UUUUCCGAAUUAGUUUAAACGGUGGCUGCCUCUGACUUUAAUUAUUAAAACGAUGGCCGCCGAAACGACGCCGCCGCCCAAACCCUCCUCCUCUGAACCCUCUCCCGUCACUCCGGCAGCAUCCGCCGCCGACCGUCCACCUCCUUCCUCCGCCACACCCACAGCUCCGUCCUCCAUCACUUCCCGCCUUAGCGAACCCGACGCCGAUGUUAUUCACAUUCCCAGCUACUCUCGGUGGUUUUCGUGGAACGCCGUUCAUGAAUGCGAGGCUAGAUUCCUACCGGAGUUCUUCGAUGGGAGGUUGCCGUCGAAAAACCCUAUGAUUUACAAAUAUUACAGGAAUGCCAUCGUACGGCGGUUCCGGGAGAAUCCUAGCCGGAAAAUAACUUUCACCGAGAUGCGGAAGACGAUUGUCGGUGACGUGGGGUCCAUUCGUAGGGUUUUCGAUUUCCUGGAGGCUUGGGGCUUGAUUAAUUACGCCGGUUCUACUUCGAGGCCUCAGCUGAAAUGGGAGGACAAGGAUACUAAGUCCGCCGCAGCACAGGGCGGCGGCGAUGUUGCUGUGGCGAAGAAGAGGGUUUGCAGUGGUUGCAAGACCCCUUGUACCAUUGCUUGCUUUGAGUCUGAGAAGCACGAUAUGACACUUUGUGCGAGGUGUUAUGUGCGGGGCAAUUAUAGGGUGGGCUUGAGUUCAGCAGAUUUUAAGCGGGUUGAGAUCAGUGAAGAGGCGAAGUCAGACUGGAGUGAUAAAGACACCCUGCAACUUCUUGAAGCUCUCAUGCAUUAUGGUGAUGAUUGGAAAAAAGUAGCAGAGCAUGUUGGGGGAAGAACUGCCAAGGAGUGUGUGGCUCACUUUAUAAAGCUUCCAUUUGGCGAGCAAUUUGACGGUCCUCCAGAAUCCAGAGAGCUGGAUGCUGAGUUAGGUUUGCAAAAUGCAGCAAUGACCACAAAGAGGAUGCAUCUUUCUCCACUUGCUGAUGCGAGCAACCCCAUUAUGGCGCAGGCUGCUUUUCUGUCUACAUUGGUUGGAGUAGAUGUUGCUGAAGUGGCAGCACGUGCUGCAGUAACGGCUAUAUCUGAUGUUGGUAACUUGAAGCAACAAGAAUCUGGAUAUGCAUCUAAUGGUAACACCCUGAACAAUAUGGAAGAAUCUCUUGGUGAAGCAAAAUUGCAGCUCGAGAAGGAAGAGGAAGAGCUGGAGAAGACCAUAUCUGGAAUUGCAGCCCAGACAAAGGAGAUCGAGGACAAGAUUUUUCACUUUGAGGAAUUUGACUUACAAAUGGAGAGGAAAUUGCAGCAGUUCCAACAGCUCCAGAACCUGCUGUUUGUUGAUAAACAAACUAUACUGUUUCAUAAAAAUGCAGCACCAAAAAGUGGAGACAACGCAGCAGAGCCUGUUAAGAUCGAUUGAUUUCUCAAUGUGUUUAUCUUCUAACCCUUGUUGCUACAUUUUAGUUGGAUUACGAAUUUCAGUUUGUUGUAGCAGAUCCAUUAACUAAAUGUAAAUUCUUUUAAUUGUUCUUGAGAUUUUGUUGCAGUGAAAAUCGAAUUAAUUUCA